AUGCAAUCUGCAAAACAGAAGGUGAGUAACAUGGCUAGUGCUGCCAAAGAACACAUUGAGAUCGGCAAAGCUAAAACCCAAGAAAAGAUGGAAAUGGCGUCGGCAAGGACUAAGGAAGAAAGGGAGAUUGCUGAAGAGAGGCGUAAGGUGAAGGAGGCAGAGGCUAAGAUGAGGUUACAUGAAUCAAAGGCUGAACAUGCUGCACAAAAGUUGCAUUCUAAGCAGAAACAUUCUUCUUGUCUUUCCGGCAGUUGUCUUACCGGCGGUCAAGCUCCGGUCGCCGGAGUUUAUGGGCAUACACAACCGCAGGGGGUUGUGCCGCCGCCGAUGGGUGGUGUUCCGGCGGUUUAUCCUCCGGUUACUAGACAGCCGGGGCAUAAGUACAUAUAG